CCAGACCUGAUAUCUGACAUCUGAGUUCACCACAGAACCAGGAAGUCACAGAAAACAAACCACUCCUCUGAAAAAAAGCAGUUCAAGGAAAACGAAAGUAAUCUCUUGUUCUUUUUUCUCUGUUUAUAUGUGUGUGAAAAAUGGCACAGGCUAUAAACUCAAUCAGUUGUUCAAUCUGUUUAGAUCUACUGAAGGAUCCAGUAACUAUUCCCUGUGGACACAGCUACUGUAUGGGCUGUAUUAAGGGCUGUUUGGAUCAGGAAGAUGACAAGGGUAUCUACAGCUGCCCCCAGUGCAGACAAACCUUCAUACCAAAACCUAUUCUAAACAGGAACACCAUCCUGGAUGAAUUGGUGGAGAAUCUGAAGAAGACAAGACUCCAAGCUGCUCCUUCUGAUCUUUAUUAUGCUGGACCUGGAGAUGUGGAGUGUGAUUCCUGCACUGGGAGAAAGCUCAAAGCUGUCAAGUCCUGUCUGGUGUGUCUGGCCUCUUUCUGUGAGACUCACCUCCAGCCUCACUAUGAAUCUCCUGCCUUUAAAAAGCACAAGUUGGUCCAGGCCUCCACACAACUACAGGAAAAGAUCUGUUCUCAUCAUGACAAACUACUGGAGGUUUACUGUCGUACUGAUCAGCAGUGUAUUUGUCUGCUCUGUACAAUGGAUGAACAUAAAGGACAUGAUACAGUCUCAGUUGCAGCAGAAAGGACUGAGAAACAGAGACAGUUUGGAAAGAGAAUUGGGGAGAGAGAGAAGAAGAUUCAGGAGUUGAGACAGACUGUGGACACUCUGAAGCACUCUGCACAGGCAGCAGUGGAGGACAGUGAGAGGAUCUUUACUGAGCUGAUCUGCUACAUUGAGAAAAGACGCUCUGAGUUGAAGGAGCUGAUCAGAGCUCAGGAGAAGGCUGAAGUGAGUUGGGCUGAUGGACUCUUGGAACAACUGGAGCAGGAGGUUGCUGAGCUGAGGAGGAGAGAUGUUGAGUUGAAGCAGCUCUCACACACAGAGGAUCACAUCCAUUUCCUGCAGAGUUUCCAGUCUCUCUGUGUCUCUCCUGGAUCUGAGGUCUUACCCAGUAUCACUGUCUAUCCACAUAUCUCCUUUGAGCAUGUCAAGAAAUCAGUCUCUGAACUGAAAGAUCAAAUACAGGAUGUAUGCAAAAAGGAAAUGGACCGGAUAUCUGGGCAAGUGACUACAGUUCAGAUUGGACCACCUGCUGAGCCCAAGACCAGAGAGGAUUUCUUAACAUAUUCCUGCCAGCUGACAUUGGAUCCAAAAACAGCAAAUCAGAACCUGUGUCUGUCUGAGGAGAACAGAAAGUUGACGUGGAGUGAUAAGGCCCAGUCCUAUCCUGACCAUCCUGACAAAUUUACCUACUAUUACCAGGUGUUGUGUAGAGAGGGUCUGUCUGGAGUCUGUUACUGGGAGGUAGAGUGGAGUGGGGAGUGGGUUGGAGUAGCUGUCUCAUAUAAAGAGAUCAGCAGGAAAGGAGAUGGUGAUGAGUGUUUGUUUGGUCAUAAUGAUCAGUCCUGGAGGUUAUCCUGCUCUACGUCCAGAUGCUGUUAUAUCCACAAUAAUACCAGGACUGAUAUCUCUGUCCCCUGCUCCUCCAGAGUAGGAGUGUAUCUGGACCACAGGGCAGGAACUCUGUCCUUCUUCAGUGUCUCUGACACAAUGACCCUCCUCCACAGAGUCCAGACCACAUUCACUCAGCCACUCUAUCCUGGGUUCUGGGUUUAUAAAGGAAGGUCUAUAAAGAUACUGACACUUAUUCAAUGAUCCAUCUGUCAGUCUGCUUCUAUCAAUGUAAGACUGAUUGACUGUGGCUAAAGAUUGAUUUCGGGUUAAAGAUAUCAUAUAGAACAGCAUGAUAUUGUUAGACAUUUGUGUGGAACACUGUGAGCCAGAGCUCUUGUUUCCUGAAUGAACAUGAACACAUAAUGAGAGAUACACCUCAGUGGUGAAUGGAGUUCAUUGACAGCUGAAACGAACCAAUCAUCAUAGAGUUUAGUUUAGUCAGUGUCUAAAACCCUGCUGAACUAUUUUUACAGAGACGUAUCUUCUUAAACUAUGGGAAGUAAUUUUACUUGGUUGUUUAUGUGUCAACCGAAACAUAUUUAUAAAUAUAUACCAUGUGUAUUUAAAACAUUAUUCAAUGUUGUACAAACUGAUUUUAUUUUGAAAAUAAUGUAAUAAUUGGUUGUGUAGAAUGUUUCUGUGUGAGGAGAUUUCAAGUAAAUGUAGUUUUCAUUUGUUGUCAUCUAGUGUGAUUGAUGGGGCAGAUAGGAGUUGGUUCACACAUUUAAUUAACAUUUACCUUUGGUUCAUGUUCAGCAUACAUCUAUCUGUUCAGUAUUUUAUGUUUAUGUAGUAGUUAUUUGUAAACAGUCUCAUGCUUUCUAGUAAAUUCUACCUGUUCUUGUCUAUAAUUACUGUCCAAUCUAAUUGUUACAUUUGGGAAACGUUGUAGAGAGGCUAGUUUUUAAAUUUCACUGAAACUUAAGGAAGGAUUUGCUGUAACUUCCAUCAUUAUAAAGAGAGUUUGAUUGUACAGGAUCCUUAAAUGGAUCUUUGAAUGGUCCAUAUAUGUCCUCAUGUCUUGU